AUGGCCGGUUUCCGAAACCACGCUGACACAGUGACAACAAGCGCGCACCACCGGCACCACGACAAAAAGUCCAUAACCGAGUCCAGCCCGCCCUCGACUUCUGCCCCGGUGGAGCCGGCCUCACAAAUCGAUCGUUCCUCCGCUAUUGCAUUGUCUAUUAUAUUAGGCCUGAUUCUCAUGGCCGUUGCUUGGUUUCUGUACUUACACUUUACUCACAAACGACAAGACGCCGCCGACCUCGAACGUCAGACUACUGCUGCUGCUGCUGCUGCCGCGGAAACAAAUACAAACAUGGGAAGAAUUACUUGGCGUAGGUCUGCGUCUGCUGGCACGGUGGAGACGACGGGUAGGCCCAAGUCGAACAGUGUUUUCAAACAUAUACCACAUCCACACUUGCAUAGGAAGGACUCAGUCACCACUACCACACAGGGAGACCAACACACAGACACGGACAGAACAAGCGGGGAAACGAAGAGAAGAUGGCCUAGUCUGUCGUUAUGGCAGAGCCACGACUCGGAAGCCAGUACCCUUGCACCAAGUACAACCUCUGAUUGCCCAUCAAUCUAUGCAGACACGCUGCCAUUUUCCUCGGACGAACGACCUGCACCCACACACCUCUUCCGACUUCAACCACGCAAGACUUUCCCGGAGCAGUCGUCUCCUCCUCCUGCACAAUUCCGCCUGCAAUCACGCAAGACCUUUCCCGAGGUAUCACAUCCAGUCGCCCAGUCUCGACUACAGUCACGCAAGAGCUUUGCUGAUCCGCCACCAACCCCCAAAUCUCGUUCUCAAACCACACUACCAAGGCGGAACUCGUCCCUAUCACAGAGCCAAUACGACAAACAGUGGUGGAGUGAGGUCGGUCGCCGAGGCUCAGCCACCGCCGCUACAAGACGCCUGUCGGUGCUGGAACCAGUCUUGGAGCACGAUAUCAGGAGUCGUUCCUGCGAAUCGAAGAAGCCGAGCAAGCCUGAAGCUUCAAAGAAGAAUGAAGUGGGAAGUAGUCGUCGCCGUAGUAGCACCCAUGCUUCUUGGGAGGGAAGUAGAUGCGAAUCAGUCAUGUAUGAUUGGACCAGGCCUACAGACGAAGAAGUGCGGUCGAAGAGUACAGGCAAGAUUUUCAAAGGUGUAGAUUGGAACCAAGGCAGUGAUAGUGUGAGAGGACGCCAACAAGAGAGAGCUGAACUCGUUGAAAGCCGAGACGAUAGCGUUUAUAGGAUGGACUGGGCUUUGAAGAUGUAG